UCCGCUUCAGCCAAUCACAGACUCGGGUGAUGAAUCAAUCAAAACCUCCAGUUCAGCUGGGCGGCGUUGUGUUCAAACCGCGCUUUGACGUUCAAUCACUGGCAAUGGCGUUUUGAAUCAGUAUCGCUAACAUUUCAAUAUUUUAGUGAAUGUAAGUGAGUUAUGCUCAUAUUCUGGCUUUAAAUUGGCGCACCUGAAAUUGGUCAUACCACUGAUAGUACCAGAAUACUGAGAGGUAAAUAGUAAAUAGUAAACUCUGCUCAUACAAGGACGCAGUUAUUGCAUGGAUGGAGCAAGAACAAUAAACCUGCUCGACAGGGAUACGUUUUCCAAAUCAGAUCCAAUCUGUGUGCUGUACACCCAAGGCAUUGGCAACAAAGAGUGGCGAGAGUUUGGGCGGACAGAAGUUAUCGAUAACACUUUGAACCCAGAUUUUGUGCGCAAAUUCAUAUUGGACUACUUCUUUGAAGAAAGACAGAACAUAAGGUUUGAUCUGUAUGAUGUCGACUCCAAGAGCUCUAACCUCUCAAAACAUGAUUUCCUUGGCCAGGCCUUCUGUUCAUUGGGAGAGGUGGUGGGUUCACAGGGUAGUCGUAUGGAAAAAAAUCUUGGGGGGAUUCCAGGGAAGAAAUGUGGGAAAAUUAUUGUGAAGGCCGAGGAGCUUAGCAACUGCAGGGAGUCUGUGAUGAUGCAAUUUUGUGGCAACAAGCUGGACAAAAAGGACUUCUUUGGCAAAUCUGACCCGUUCUUAGUGUUUUAUCGUAGCAAUGAGGAUGGAACAUUUACCAUUUGUCAUAAGACAGAGGUGGUGAAAAACACACUGAACCCUGUGUGGCAAGCCUUCAAAAUCCCUGUCAGAGCCCUGUGCAAUGGCGAUUACGACAGAACGAUCAAGGUUGAAGUGUAUGACUGGGAUCGUGAUGGCAGCCAUGACUUCAUCGGAGAAUUCAGCACAAGCUAUAGAGAACUGUCAAGAGGCCAGUCACAAUUUAACGUGUAUGAGGUCAUAAACCCUAAGAAGAAAGACAAGAAGAAAAAAUAUCUCAACUCUGGAACUGUGACACUGCUAUCAUUUCUCGUUGAUACUGAAGUCACCUUCCUGGAUUACAUCAAAGGCGGGACUCAGAUUAAUUUCACAGUGGCGAUUGAUUUCACAGCAUCUAACGGCAACCCAGCCCAGCCCACUUCCCUUCAUUACAUGAGUCCCUAUCAGCUCAACGCCUACGCCAUGGCACUCAAAGCUGUGGGGGAGAUCAUACAGGACUAUGACAGCGACAAGAUGUUCCCUGCACUGGGCUUCGGAGCCAAACUGCCUCCUGAUGGGAGAAUAUCCCAUGAGUUUGCCCUGAAUGGAAACCCUCAGAAUCCAUAUUGCAAUGGCAUUGAUGGAGUCAUGGAAGCGUAUUACCAGAGUCUUAAGUCCGUCCAGCUCUACGGUCCCACCAACUUCUCGCCUGUCAUCAACCAUGUAGCCAGAUACGCAGCUUCAGUAAAGGAUGGAUCACAGUACUUUAUCCUCCUCAUCAUCACGGAUGGAGUGAUAUCAGAUAUGGCCCAGACAAAGGAGUCCAUCGUUAAUGCUGCAUGUCUUCCCAUGUCAAUUAUUAUCGUUGGAGUUGGACCAGCCGAGUUUGAUGCCAUGAUUGAGUUGGAUGGUGAUGAAGUCAGAAUCUCAUCGAGGGGCAGAUAUGCUGAGAGAGACAUCGUACAGUUUGUUCCAUUCAGAGACUACAUCGAUCGCACUGGGAAUCACAUCCUCAGCAUGGCCCGUCUGGCCAAAGAUGUUCUUGCUGAGAUCCCAGACCAGUUCCUAUCCUAUAUGAGGACCAGAGGCAUCAAGCCAUCUCCCGCUCCCCCUCCGUACACACCACCAGGACACCCACUGCAAACUCAGAUCUGAGCAAACCUUGCAGUAUCUCAGUAUCUCUCUCUCAAAUCACUCAGUGAGGUGAAGGUUUCCUCUGCUCUCAGCUCUUUCUGUCCCUUUCUCUUUGCACUAUGGGGGCUGUAGAUGGAUGCUAUGGUUAGACAGGGUUCUGAGGACAGGUUUACUUCCAUUACAGGCGUUCUCUGUCAGGAUGUCUCUUAGUUUCUCUCUCUGUCUCUCAAUGCCUGUAGCUUAUUUCUGAGAGCCAUGUUAUAGAAUGAACAUCAUGUUUCUGGCUCACCAUGAAAAGAAGGAUGAAGUUGUAUGAAGGAAAGACUAAAAAUGAGCUGACGAUGUUGCGCCAUGUCUCAGAACAGCAGAGCAGCUUCCUCUUCCUCAGACUGGGAAAAGGUUAACAAGUCACCAGUCUCAAAUGGACUGUUGUACAUAAAUUUGACUUCUUCCGUCAUUUCUUAUCUCUUUCUUCUCUUUCUUCUCUGAGCACUCACUCAAUGUUUACAUGUUAAUGAUUUUCUUACUGUUGGAUCUAACUUUUAUAAGUGUAUAUCUUUAACAUGAACUUUGCCGUACAAAUCCUUGCAGCGUGUUAUCUUUGCCAUGCCCAUCAGGUCGCAGCAGCUGGUGUCAUCGCGGAAAAAAAACACAUUUCUUGCAUGGAAAUGGUGUGCUCAGGCAUGCGAUGCAUGUUGUGCAACAUUCAUGUUAUUUGGCCUUUUCUUGUUCUCUCUCUUUCUCUCACUCACUUUGUCCUCUUUUUUUUUCUUUCACAAGCAUAAUAGACGGGCACCUCAUUGUGUAUAAAGGACUCAACGUGCUUCAUUACAUUUAAAUUUGAGCAGCUGUUCUCAAAUAAGAGCCCAGUGGUCAAAAACACAGAUGCCAUUAUUAUUUUCUGUCUUAAAACAUUGUAUGGAUGUUUUGUCAUUUCCUAUUGAUUUGGUGAUGCUGUGUUAUGAUGAAUGAAUCUACAUGUUAUUUGGAAAAACAUAUUUAAUCAGUACCUAGUAGAGUUGCCCAAAGAUAGUCAAAAAAGCAAAUAAGCUAAUUAUGAAAUCCUUCUUGAAUUUCAUUGUGAAUAUUAAAGUGUUGAAACCUGAUACAAUGCAGAAUUACACCUAAUUUACAAAAGUCUUUUCUAGAAAUAUUUUUGAUCCCAUUGUUUUAGAAAUGUGCUGCUAGUAUCAGGAAAAUCAUUAUUUAAAGUCUUCAAAACUCACCUUUUUUCUCCUUACUCAAAUAGUCACAAAUACUGGAACACCACAGAAAUGUCACUUGUAGCCACACUUUUUUUUUUCUUUCUUGAUUAUUACCAUUGCAAAAUACAUUAUUUUUGUUCUAAUACAUUCACACAUAACAAAUGUGAAAUUUCUAGUAUGUAGCAACUCAUUUUUUCAUAACACACUAGUGUAGUGAACUAUUUUGGGUAACAGCCUCAUGUUGAGGGGGAACAUUCCCUGUUUAACUUCUGUUCUGGAAUUCAGGAUUGUCUUUCCAGUUGUGCUGCUUUGUCACAUACAAUAUUCAACACAUAAUGGCAAAAAGUAAAUCACUUGUGCCAAACAUACUGAACAAAUGUAUGAUGAAGUAUUACAAAAAAUCUGAAGAAGUAUAAUUUACUUUAUAGAAAAAUAAAAUGUAACUAUUAUAGGUUUGAAAUUAUGAAACAAAAGUAACAAACUAAAAAAAUAAAAUAAAAUAAAAAAAAAUAAAAAAAAAAAAACACAAGCAAAAGAUUUAAGAUUGUGAGAAACAAAUUCAGUCAUACAAAUUAUUUCUCAUCUUGACUUUUGUAAGUAUGAACUACACAGAGUGACAGUUGAAGAAUGAUGUAUGUGUGAAAAAGCAGCACUUCACCUCGGGUUCAGUUGACGAUAUAUCUCUCUUCUGGGAAUGUUGGCUCUCAACAUUCCAUUAAUUGCCCUCAGCUUAGUUCCUCUCUGCAUUGCUGGUGCCAUAGCAACUGCCACUUUGGCAAGCCCAUUCACCUGUAAGUAUGCACCUGUGUGUGAGGGGGGGGGGGUGAGUGUGCGUGUGAGCGUGUGGAAGUCAGCAUGGCAAGCAUCAUUGAAGUGUUUUUAAAUUUGUGACUCGACUCACAUAAAAUUUGUUUACUGAAGAUAUCCAAAUAUUAUAUUGUAUGCUAUUCAUAUCUAAAUAUUAUGUGCACUAUGUUUGCAUGUACAGUUUUACAAGAGAUUCACCAGGUCUUUUGUUAUUGUUAGUGUUUUGAGUAUAAAAUAAAUAAAUAACAAAAAAAAUAACAGGAAAAUAACUGUACAAAUGGCCUUAAUCUCUCACUGAAUUCUUGGAAUUGUGUGAUGCCUUCAGAUGAAUUGUUAUAUUUUGUGUUGGUGUACAAUUGCUUUCUAGUGUAUAUUUUCUUUGCACAACUCAUGUAUGAAAAAAUUAUAUUGUAAUUUUUGGAAUCAGUGAUUAAUCAGAGAAAGCAUGACUAAAGUUCUGAUUGUCUAGUAAAUCCAUAUGAUGAAAUUAUUAUUUAUGUAUCAAGUACAUAUUUUGUAAUAAACAUUCUUAA